UGUCAGAGCGAUAGUGAAGUCACAUAAGUGCUGUGGUGAUAGUGUACCGUUGUUACAGCCAGCUCGCUAACCAGCAACACAGCACACACGCUGUAUUUAGCUGCGAAGGUACCUGAAACCAGUCACUUUUGUUGACAAUCUGUCAUUCAUAUGUAGUGUGUGCACUCGCUCUCCCGGGACGUGUUCCUCUCGCUCGACCGCAUCCAACCGUCCUCCACUGGAGGGAGAAAGGGACUGUAGCGGAAACGUUGGGAGUGAUAAAGCUAGCGCAGAUCAGCUGGAAUCAAAAGAGAGAAAAUCCUCUGCGCUGCCACAGCAACCAUUAUUAAUGCACACCGGAUUGAAUCCACCGACGACUCCCAUCUAAUGAAAAGAAGAUUGCGUUCUGAUUAAAAAAAGUAAGAAUAAUCCCAUGCUGAUUUGAAGGAAGAGGUCCAUGCGGCAUCUGUCUAAUUAGACCACAUUCAUUUGGAUAGCCAAGAUCUGUUAGGUUUCUGAGUAACCAUGGCAAAAGCAUACACAUUUAAUUGGCAGAAGUCUGUACCAUCCUUUAUGCAAGAAGGGGCUGUUUUCGACAGAUAUGAAGAGGAUCCCUUUGUCUUUGAACCUAACUGUCUCUUCAAAGUGGAUGAGUUUGGUUUCUUUCUCACAUGGAAAAGUGAUGGAAAGGAAGGCCAGGUUUUAGAAUGCUCUCUGAUCAACAGUAUCCGGAAUGGAGCUGUCCCAAAGGACCCUAAAAUAAUUACUGCAUUGGAAUCAGUUGGGAAAACAGAGAAUGACCUAGAGGGACGCAUAGUGUGUGUCUGCUGUGGUACUGACUUGGUGAACCUGAACUUUAUUUACAUGGUUGCAAACAAUGCAGAAACAGCAAAGCAAUGGAUGGAAGGGUUGAGAUCAGUGAUCCAUAACUUCAGAGCUAAUAAUGUCUGUCCCAUGACUUGCCUAAAAAAACACUGGAUGAGGCUAUCAUUUUUGACAAAUACAAAUGGAAAGAUUCCAGUCAGAAGUAUAACCAGGACCUUUGCAUCAGGCAAAACAGAAAAAGGGAUCUUUCAAGCACUUAAGGAAUUAGGUCUUCCCAGUGGAAAGAACGAUGAAAUUGAACAUUCCGUCUUCACUUUUGAUAAAUUUUAUGCACUUACUCAAAAAAUCUGCCCCCGGACAGACAUAGAGGAGCUGUUUAAAAAACUCAAUGGAGACAAAACUGAUUAUUUAACCGUAGACCAAUUAGUCAGCUUUCUGAAUGAAAAUCAACGAGACCCUCGGUUGAAUGAAAUUCUGUUUCCAUUCUAUGAUCCAAAAAGAUCAAUGCAGAUAAUUGAAACAUAUGAGCCAGAUGAAGCACUAAAGAAACAAGGUCGGAUGUCCAGCGAUGGGUUUUGCAGGUAUCUGAUGUCAGAUGAAAAUGCUCCAGUCUUCCUUGAUCGCUUGGAGCUGUACCAAGAAAUGGACCACCCUUUGGCGCACUACUUUAUAAGUUCCUCCCACAACACUUAUCUUACUGGCAGACAGUUUGGAGGCAAGUCAUCUGUUGAAAUAUAUCGGCAGAUCCUCCUGGCAGGAUGCAGAUGUGUAGAAUUGGAUAUUUGGGAUGGGAAAGGGGAAGACCAAGAACCAAUAAUAACCCACGGGAAAGCCAUGUGCACAGAUAUUCUCUUCAAGGAUGUAAUUCAAGCCAUUAAAGAAACCGCUUUUACCACAUCAGAGUAUCCAGUGAUCCUUUCAUUUGAAAACCACUGCAGUAAACCACAGCAAUUUAAGAUGGCAAAGUACUGUGAAGAGAUUUUUGGAGAUCUGUUACUGAAGCAACCACUUGACAGUCAUCCGCUUGAACCUGGACAACCUUUGCCUUCUCCUAAUGACCUGAAAAGAAAAAUACUCAUUAAAAAUAAAAGGCUUAAAGCUGAAGUUGAGAAGAAGCAACUUGAGGCAUUUAAAAGACUCAUGGAAGCUGGAGAAACAACAGCUCCCGCUCACAUUUUGGAAGAUGAGAAUGAAGAAGAAAUAGAAAAUGCUUGCCCCAAACCAACAAUUGCCGACCCAGAAGAAGAAGCACAUCCAGAAUUAAAGUUUGACAAUGAAAUAUCCUCUGAUGAUUUGAGUCAGACAGAAGCACAGACAAAUAAUGUGAAGAAGGUUAUUGAAGAAGAGGUAACUGAAAUAACAGAUGUAUCAGAUGUAACAGAUGUAGCUGAACAGGAAAAUAACAAAAAGGGUGGUAUAACUGUAGAGGAUGAACAGGCUUGGAUCACCUCAUAUACGUAUGUAGGAGCUACAACUAAUAUUCACCCUUACCUAUCAGCAAUGAUUAACUACGCUCAGCCUGUUAAGUUUCAAGGCUUUAAUGUGGCAGAAGAAAGGAACAUCCAUCACAAUAUGUCAUCUUUUAACGAAUCUGUUGGACUGGGAUAUUUGAAGACUAAUGCCAUAGAAUUUGUAAAUUAUAAUAAACGACAAAUGAGUCGAAUCUACCCCAAAGGAGGCAGAGUGGAUUCCAGUAAUUACAUGCCUCAGAUCUUCUGGAACGCUGGCUGCCAGAUGGUCUCACUGAACUACCAGACCCCAGAUUUGGCAAUGCAGUUGAACCAGGGGAAAUUUGAGUAUAAUGGAUCAUUCGGGUACUUGCUCAAACCUGACUUCAUGCGGCGACCUGACCGAAUGUUUGACCCUUUUUCAGAAACACCUGUAGAUGGUGUUAUUGCAGCUACUUGUUCUGUUCAAGUUUUUUCAGGUCAGUUUUUAUCAGACAAGAAAAUUGGCACAUAUGUAGAGGUGGACAUGUAUGGAUUACCCACAGACACCAUACGCAAGGAGUUCCGGACCCGAAUGAUCAUGAACAAUGGUCUGAACCCUGUUUACAGCGAGGAGCCUUUUGUAUUUAGAAAGGUGAUUCUGCCUGACCUUGCUGUACUCCGAAUUGCAGUUUAUGAUGACAAUAACAAGUUGAUUGGUCAGAGAAUUCUACCUCUGGAUGGUCUUCAGGCUGGCUACAGACAUAUCUCCCUACGAAAUGAAUGCAACAAACCUUUAUCACUGCCAACCGUUUUCUGUAACAUUGUUUUAAAAACAUAUGUUCCGGAUGGAUUUGGAGCGAUUGUUGAUGCUCUGUCUGAUCCAAAGAAGUUUUUAUCUAUCACGGAAAAGAGGGCUGACCAAAUGAGGGCUAUGGGUAUUGAAACUAGUGACAUUGCAGAUGUGCCAAAUGACAGCUCUAAGAAUGACAAAAAAGGGAAGGUUAACCAAGUCAAAGCAAAUGUGACACCUCAGAGCAGCUCUGAGUUGAGACAAAAUUCAACGUCUGGCCAGGGAAUUGGUAAUGAGGCCAAGAAAGACACAGCAGCACUUGUGCCUCAGGUGAAUAUUGAUGACUUGAAACAGAUGAAGACCUAUAUUAAGCUGACGAAGAAACAGCAAAAAGAUCUAAAUGUCUUAAAGAAAAAACAUGCAAAGGAUCACAGCGCCAUGCAGAAGUCUCAUUGUACACAUGUUGACAAAAUAGUGGCACAGCACGAUAAAGAAAAGCUGUCUUACGAAAAGCUUCUGGAUAAAGCUAUCAAGAAAAAAGGAGAAAACAACUGUCUUGAAAUGAAGAAAGAAACUGAAAUUAAACUCCAAGCAUUAUCAUCAGACCACAAAAUAAAGGUGAAAGAGAUUGUGGCCCAACAUACCAAGGAGUGGUCAGAGAUGAUCAACUCACACAGUGUGGAGGAGCAGGAGAUUCAAGAUCAGCAUUUGGACCAGCAGUGUGAACAUCUGAGAAAACUCUUAUUUUCUGUUCAAGAGCAGCAAACCCUGCAACUUAAGCUUAUUCAUGACAGGCAGAGCAAAGAAAUGCGUGCUAACCAGGCUAAGACCUCCAUGGAAAACAGCAAAGCCAUCAGUCAAGAUAAAUCAAUCAAAAAUAAAGCUGAAAGGGAGAGGAGAGUGAGGGAAUUGAACAGCAGCAAUACUAAAAAGUUUCUAGAAGAAAGAAAAAGGCUUGCAAUGAAGCAGUCUAAGGAAAUGGAUCAACUGGUUAAAGCUCAACAUGUGCAGAUAGAAAACCUGGAAAAACAGAAUGAGCAGCUUUUGAAAUCACAUCAUGCAGAGUCUCGCAAUCAAGGCCAAGGAGAUGCAGCAGAUGGUGAAGCUGGAAGCAGAGAUGGGCCGCAGACCAGCAACAGUUGUGUGAAGCAUCCCCAAACAAACAACUAGCUGAGGACCCAACAGCACACAUACUACAAAAUGUACAUUCUGCUCAGAUUGUAUUCUUCUUAGUCUCUAAGAUUUCUUCCAAGUCUUGGAGAUAACUGUUACCAGUCAGAAAAUAUUGUGGCGUUCUACUUCAGCUCUUCAGUAUAGAGUUUCACAUGUAGUGCUGACUGUUAUACAAGCGAUUACAAAAUGCAACCGGAUGUAAAAAGCCAUUAAUGCCAUUAUGACACCAUUUUUGUAAAUGCAUUCCACCCAAACCAUUUUUAAACAUAUUAGAUUAUUUAUUCUUUAAAUUAUUGUUUUUUUAUGUUUGUUUUUUUUAUAAGGUUAUUUUUAAAUUGCUUGACAUGAGCUUUUAAUUCCAGUUCUGUAUUCACACCAACAUUUUGUGAAAGUGCUUGUAAAUCAGUCAGUAUACCUGAAAGGUACUCAAGAGUUAUGUGCUAUGUCAUAAGCACUUUAUGAAUAUGAAUAUUUGGCUGUGAGAAGCAUGUAAAUCUGUACUAACUUUUGUUGUAAAAAUCUGAACAGAGCUGUGUAAUUGUGCUGCGGGUAUGGUGUCUCAAGAAUGUUAAGUGGUGGAAUGUCUGAUAGAGGUGCUUCAUAUAGUGAGGUGCAUCAUUUUGGGAUGGGGAUAUAUGAAACGUUUAUACAAAUCUGAAAAAAAAUAGAUUCCUUUACAUGGAAAACUUGUAUUACUUAUGUUAAAGUGACUAUUAAUAGGUUGCUGUAUUUGUUACCUCAUCCGAAGAAUAGGAUACAUAAAUUAAUCCGCAGUACAAAGUGCACAUUCGUUACAUGUACUGUAGGUAAAGCAGAUGUUUUGUAAUCCAUCUUUGCUGUCAACACACAUACGAUUCCCCUAACUGCCUGGACUAAAUGUACUCAAAUUAAACAGGCUUUCAAAAGAAAAGAAAAAAGAAAAAAAAGCACAAGGAAGGUUGCUGUACAUUGUACAGUGACUUACUGUGCUAAUUACAGGCUUUCAAGAAUGUAACAAUCUAAGCAAAUUUGAAAGAAUGAAGGAAGCAUAUGUUAGUCUCAGAGUCCAACAGAAUACAACUUUGCUUAUCUAUUACCAAUCUCACAGGCUUAAAAUGGCUUUUAUAACAUUUUUAUGGUAAUACUAACAUACCUCUGAGUAUUAAAAUAACUGAUCUUGUUGUAACCCAGACUAGUAUCUGUUGUGUGCAAAUAGUGUAUAUCAUGGACAAGCGCACUUUUUCAGUUUUUAAAUUGCAGAGUAAACACUGUAAAGGUUUUAAAAGUAUCUAACUUCUAACUUGUAUUUUAUGAUUAUUUUCAUAUUCUCAUCAUAUAAAAUAUGGGCCUUACAACACGGCACAUUUUAACUGAGAAAAGUGAUCGUUAAGAAAACCGCAGCUCUGUGAAUACAGUUUAAAUGUUAGCUUGCGUGGUUCAGGGGGCGUGGAGCUGGGUGCUUCCAAUCUUUCAAUCUCCCAAUUUUCUAAUUUCCUGUUAAUUAGCAUCUAUUUUCUAUUUAAGCCCUGAUCACCUGCACCUUUUCUGUCUAGUGUUUCGUUUUUGUAGCAAACGCUCAGACGCCGUCGUUUCGUGCUCCACCGCUAAAUAUCUAAACUUCGUUGCCUCGCUCUGCAGGUCAUUUCUCUGCACAGCGCUGCCAAGAUAUAUUAUCAAUCAUUUUCCUACCUGCUCAGGUGAUCCUUCUUUUCAGACAGCGUCUCUUUUCGGCUUCAAGAGCUCCAACGUUUGUCUUUCCUGUUCCAUCCAGCAACAGCGCCGUUCAAGCGCAGCGUCAUUACUCAACCUGUCUGCAACUUUUUCAGAAAGACUGGUCCUCUGCUAAACUUUCAAGCUCCUUCGACAAGACAUCGACAUUCACGUUGUCAGCGAUUGCCCUACUUUAAAUCUAUUAAAUCCACCAUUAAGCUUUGGCUGCGGAAUCUCUCUUUACUCCUCGCCUGCAAUCAGACGCCCCUCCCCUGCUCCCACAGAGCCAGCACAGUUACCGUUCCAUCGGAAGAUCCUGCCCUGGACCUCCAUUAGCUACGUUCAACCUUUUAAAAGACGUAUCCUGCCCACUUUAACCAGUGUCGGCUCGUGGUUUGACUGGUCACAACAUGCUCCAACGAUAGUGCUGCACUGCAACUUUUCCACCGGCGCCUUACAGACCACGGUUACCACGGUAACGCCGUCAUUGAGUGACUGCGGGGAGUGGUAAGUUGUCAUGGUGACCAGGCAGCUUCAUCAGGCUCUGCGUGCUCUGUGACUCAGUACUGCUGUCUUCCGGCUUCCUGUUGCUGCGCUUUCACAACUGGUGGAGACGAAUUCAACGCGCCGAAUCAUGACCUCUAAGUACUGCGUUUACUUAUUUAUAUACAUGACUAACUGUCCUAACAUCUCUAGAACAUUUAUUAUUUAAAUCUAAGGGAAUAAGCAAAUGUUGUUCUACAUAGACAAGGAUUUUAAUCGUAAUAACUUCAUAGAUUCUACCCUGCUUCACUCAAGUCAAUGGUUUAAUUCCAAUCAUAACCUCUGGAUGGCAGUAUAAUACCACAAGUUCUCUCUCUAUAUAUUAAACGAGUUUGGUAUCGCUACGAAGCUCGGACACUACUGCUUUUCUAUUUAUUCUCGCAGUUAUUCUCGGGAGUUCCCCUCCUGCCUCAUCCUUUGUCUAUCUAUAUCAACUGACAUUCUUCAAUUUCAACUCUACCUGCCCCCCCCCCCCCCUACCACCCUUCGAGGACAUGGUCAUGAAGCCACGCACUUGUCGGCUUUCUGAGAUGCUCCGAAUCUACCGUCACAUUAACUUCCAGCUUCCCUGCACCAGGCUUCCAUCCCAGUGACCUCUUCCUGUUCCCGGAUUCGUGCUUCCUCAUCUGGCUUCUCUCCUUCAAACCGACAAAUUUCACCAAGGCACUUUAUUCAACCUUCAAGUUUUCAUUUCAGCAACGUGAGCUGCCAGUCAGAAACGGAAACCAUGUCCUACAACUAUCAUCAUUUCAGUCAAGUGUCCUCCGACCCUGCGAUUAGACAAUACACUCGGACUGUUCCCGACCAAAUCAAUAGAUUUUGCAAUAGCCUCAGAGCAACGCAUUCUUUAUCCUCUCAGGUUCUACAGCGGCCUCAGCUCUAUGCAUUCUUCAUCUCUGGCUUUAUCUAAAUCACUUUUCACUCAAAGACCAAUAUCCACCGCAUUCAGCAAAUCUCUGUGCUCUACAGCAGACCACCACACUACCGAUGACAGUCCACCGUUCACCAUUACAGAUCACUGCUUCAGAAGAUCUCUGCGCUCUGCAGCAGACCACCACACUCUACCAAUGGUAGUCCACCAUUCACAAUAACAGAUCACUGCUUCAGCAGAUCUCUUUCUGCAGCAGACCACUGCUCAUCAUUGACCGCGCUUCAUCGUUACUUCUUUAGAUCUCUGCACCGUUCAGCAGAUCCCGUCCUCUCUGUUAAUUGCUCCUCACUGCAGCAGAUCUCUGCUUCCUCUUCAGAUCUACUCACUAUUAUAGCAUGCAAAGUUGCUUUAGUUUACAGUUUAAAUCUGUACCUGCACUACUCCAGAGCUUCCAACGCUUCCGCUUUCCUCCAAUAUGCAGAUCACCACAGCAUUCCACAACCAAGGCUAAUGCUAAUCCCCAUCUAAUCAAAAUACGAGGUGCUUGACCUUCUCAGCAAUCUAUUCGGAUGUCCUCACAUCCUCUCAAAUAUUACAGCAUUAAUGCAUGGUGAGAGACGUGGUAUGAGACUGGAAAUCCGUCUUGAUUAUGAGUUAAGGAGUUCCACUACUAGGAGAAUGACUGGAGUUGUGAAACCCAAUCUCUGAACGUGAGUUCACCUUUUCCAUUUCAAGCGGACAGGAUAGUAGCAGACCGCUGAUCGAUCCUGUAUUAACUAACACAUAGGAUGGUCGACAUCUCCUCUCUUCCCUUGUUUCCAGAAAAUGGAGCACAAAGGGUGCUGAGCUUCCCCAGCAGUCAAUUUACAAUGUUCGUUCAGUUCCAGCCGCUACCUCAACCCUCAAUUCCAGCUCCCCUUCGGCCUCUACUUUCGGUAUCCAAGUUCCGUCAGCUGGUCCCGUCUGCUGCCCCCCCCCCCCCCUCCCCCCCCCCCCCCCCUCCCC